GACUUGCCUCACUAAACAUAAUGCUUCCUACCAUUGUCCAACUUCUUAUCCAAAGACCAAGUCAUGGAAGGAAGGCAGUGAUUGUUAUUCUUGGGAUGGUGUUACUUAUGAUAUUAUCAUUGGUCAAGUAAUUGACCUCGACCUCAGUUGCAGUUUGCUUCAUGACUUUCUAUCUUCUAACAAUAGCCUCUUCUGACUUUCACACCUCUAAAAACUGAAUCUUACUGGUAAUUAUUUUAGUGAUUCAAAGAUAUCUCUCGAGUUUCGUGAGGCUUAUAAUGAUUUUAAUGGUUCAAAGAUAUCUCUCAAGUUUGGUUUGUUAAAGAGUUUGAGACAUCUCAAUCUCUCCUAUUCUUACUUUUUAGGUGAAGUCCCAUCUGAAAUCUCUCACCUCUCCAACCUCAUUUCCCUUGAUAUUUCUUAUAAUCAGUUGAUGAUUGAAGAUCUUUCCCAUAAAAGACUCGUGCAAAAUUGUUCACUUCUGAAACAACUUUUCUUCGUGGGUGUGAACUUGUCAUCCAUUGAUCCAAAUUCUUUGAUGAAUCUCUCAUCUUCAUUGACAGAUCUAAGAUUCAUAUAUUGUCAAUUGCAAGGGAAGUUCUCAAGCGGCAUUCUUUACUUGUCGCACCUACGCAUACUUGAUUUAUCAUACAAUGAUCGACUCAACAUUCAUUUGCCAAAGUCUAACUGGAGUAGUCCUCUCCAAGAACUGCAUUUUGAUUUUGUGCAUUUCACAGGAGAGCUGUCGGAAUCAAUUGGUGAUUUGAAUUCCUUGAAGAAAUUGACUAUUAGAGAAUGUAAUUUCUCAGGGUCAAUUCCAGCGUGGAUUGGUAACCUACUGCAACUCACUCAUUUUCAAGGUGAAUACAACAAUUUCAAUGGUAGAAUCCCAUCAUCACUAACAAAUCUCUCAAAGCUAGAAGUGUUGUUGCUUUACAACAAUAAGCUGGUUGGUCUUGUUCCUAAUUUUUCGAAUCUAUCAAACUUAGGUACGCUAGAUUUAUCUUGGAAUUCGCUCAAUGGAACCAUACAAUCAGUUUUAUACAACUUACCUUCUUCAUUGCAUUCUUUGUAUCUCUCAGACAAUCAAUUCACUGGUCCUAUCAAUGAAUUCCAAUCCCAAUCUCUUGAGGAUCUUCGUUUGGGUGGUAACAAGUUGAAUGGUUUUGUUCCAAGCUCAAUCUUUAAUCUUGUUAACCUCAGAUUGCUAGAUCUGUCAUCGAGUAGCUUUAGCGGCACUUUGGAUGGAUCCAUGUUCUCAAAACUCAAAAAUCUUCAAGUGCUUUCGCUUUCCGAUAAUGAUAUCUCGUUCACCACCAACACAUUCCCCAAUAAUCUCCUGUCAAACAAUAAUUUGACAGGAGAGAUACCUUCUUGGAUUUGCAAUACUCGUAUGAGAUUUCUUGACCUUUCAAACAAUAGCUUUUCCGGAACUAUUCCACCAUGCUUCAGAAGCAUAAGCCAAGGUCUUUCGGUUCUCAAUCUACGAAAUAAUAAAUUUAGUGGCAAAAUUCCGGAUAUUUUCGAUGAAGGAUGUAGAUUACUUUCUCUCAACCUAAACGACAAUCAACUGAAAGGCCCUCUGCCAAGAUCACUAGUGAAUUGCAAAGUUUGGAACUUCUAGACCUUGGCAACAACCGAAUAAAUGACACAUUCCUUCAUUGGUUGAGAAAUCUCUCAGAACUGCAAGUUCUUGUCCUAAAGUCCAACAGUUUUAGUGGUUCUAUACAAGAUUGCAAGGACUCUCAUUGUUUAUCGAAGUUACAAAUAUUUGACAUCUCAAACAAUGAGUUUUCCGGUCCUUUGCCAGUAAGAUAUUUUGAGAAUCUGCAGGCCAUGAUGAAAACUGAAGAAGGUUCAGGUGAUAGGAAAUAUUUUGGGGUAAACAUUUUUUCCUAUCAAGAUUCUGUGUUUAUGGUCAUGAAAGGGCAAGAGUAUCAAUUAGUUAGAAUAAUAAUGACAUUCAAGACCUUAGAUUUCUCAAACAAAAAGUUUCGAGGAGAGAUUCCUGACGUCAUUGGCAAGCUUACUUAUCUCAAAGGUCUCAACAUUUCACAUAACAGCAUUGGAGUUGGCAUCCCGUUGUCGUUGGGAAAUUUGAGAAAUCUUGAAUGGUUAGACCUAUCUUUGAGCAAGCUUACAGGGAAGAUUCCAGAACAAUUGACAGGUCUAACAUUUCUUUCACAGUUAAACCUCCACCAUAACAAACUCGUUAGACCCAUACCCAGGAGCACGUAGUUCAACACAUUUGACAGUAGUUCCUACAAAGGAAAUUUAGGGUUGUGUGGAUUUCCAUUAUCAAAAACUUGUGGUAGUAAUGACGCUCCACCACAAUCACAACCAUUGCCUGGUGAAGAGGAUGAUUCUAGAAGUGAUUUUGAUUGGAAGAUCAUAAUGAUGGGUUACAGUUCUGGACUGGUUCUGGGAUUGUCUUUGGGAUAUAUCAUGUUCGUAACAGGAAAACCAGAAUGGUUAGUGAGGCUCAUUGAAGGAAGCUGGCUUAAGCAGGUGAAGAGGCCAAAUGAAAGACAAAGAAGAAGAAGAAACAACUAGAACGUGGAAGCAAUGAUCAGGAACCAAAGAAGCUUAUUGGAUUGGAAUAGAGAGGAAGCCAUUUUCAGCAGAAAGAAGCUGUGUCAAAAUUACUUUGGCUUUGUUCUGUCAAAAAGAGAAAUCCUUUUCUAUAUGAAAUGAAAUGCGACAUGUUCUUCAAGUUAAUCUUUCAUAUCUUGUAAUAGCUAUGGUGUAAUAAUUUCAGUAUAAGUGAAUUUCAAUUUGUUUA